GCAUCUACGGAAACGUUACAUCUUGCCUUUUCACAUCAUGGAAAAAUCUUGAUACGAUUGCAUUUCAAUAUGGCGAACCGCGACAAAGGACGCAGAAAGUGGGGAGGAUUUUCACAAGAAUCAAUGAAUUCUAAAGAGAAAGACAGAUUAGCAGGGAUGCGUGGCGGAGGAAAUAGAGCAUCUCAGGCUUUAUAUAGACCAGGAAGCGGACCCCUACGUAAAACAAGUAGGUCCGGCAGCACUGCCGACGAAUACGACAACGAAAUUGGCAUGCAAGACAAAUCCAGAUCAAUCUCCGUCCAAUAUCGUCUGAGACAGCCACAAACCAAUAGAUCUAAUCAAGCAAAAGACAGUCCACCUCUGUCACAGAUUGACGAUGUAACCGAAAAAUUGGAUAAUACACACAUCCAUUAUAGAAAUAGCAGUAACAUUGAUCAGACAUUGAGUACCAGUCACAAUAUCAGUAACAUAGGAGCAGGAGGAGGUGAUCCAAAGAGGAGAAAUAGGAAACCUGAGCAGCUGUUGUAUGUACCGAAAAAAGUGAAAGAAGCAUUGGCUGAACAAGACGCGACCAACAGAUCCCCCACUCAUAGCACCCAUACACAUAGUGCAUGGGAACGAGAGAGAGAAGAAAGCGACGAUCGCGACUCUUAUUCUAACCGUAGUCAUAAAAGUGAUCGUAAUCGCGCAAGCGGUCGUGAUAACGAUAGUGAAAGUAGAGUCAGAGAUGAUAAUAGUAAACGAUAUUCGGGUAAUCGUCGACAUCGCCAUGCCAAUGAGAAUGAAGAACGUUGGCGAUCCGACUCACCGAUAUCCUCUAAGAACUGCGCGAAUCGAAGGGAUAAUCUGCGAGAAGUUAGACAGGGUUCAGAACCUUUGUCGGCAAACAAUCAGUUGAAUGAUUUUAACCGUACGAGAGACACUCGUAGCGUGGAACCUACUGGACAUUCCGAUAAAUUUCAAGGCAAGCCACCUUCGGGCAAACGGAAUAACGCGAAGGACAGUUUAUCGAAAAAUAUGAAGUUGGAACUUUUACCACCACGUCUUCAAAAGAAGUAUCUCGCGGAUAAUGGGUAUGCUCUACCCACGAGCAAUCCGGGAACGUCUACAGAGGAUUCUUGGAACGGUGGCAGUAUUACAUUUCAGGGUUCAUCCAGUUACAAUUAUCCAUCGGUGAUGCAGCAUUCGCAAACAAUGCAAAGCUUACCGCCAUCCGGACCACUACCACCGCAAUCUAGCUGGGCGAAUACCGUGCCAGCCAGAAGCAGAGGAAGAGGCAGACUGAGACCUGAGGAACUAGAAGCUACGGCGAGUAGUAUUUUCAGACCUGUUACUCCUGAACAGUAUUCGGCGCCAAGUUCCAGAUCCCACACACCUAGUCAGGAAUAUAUAAACCGGUCUUACAAUCGUCGCGGUAGUAACAGCACGUACACCAGCAUGGAAAGUUUAAGCCGUGCCGAUAGCGUAAUGAUGCCGCCGCCGUCAUCCGUAUCGCCCGCAACUUCACAAUCGAAUUCGAACAGAGGUUACAAGUCACCUGAGAUCCAUCGCAGAGGAGGUGCGACAUCACCAAUCAAUUCGCAACAUCGUACUUGCAACACGCAAAGAGUAACCGGAAAUACAUACGAUCAUAAUUCGACAUUGGACAAGCAGAGUAAUCAACAAACUAUGAGCAUUAGCUCGUUGAAAGUUGAAACUUUUAAUCCAUCAUCCAAUACUGCGUCUGAUACCGGUGCAUUCGAUUGGAGCGAAGAAGUGGAAUUGAACGAAAAGAUGGAGGCGGAAUACUUGAGUCGUAGUUCCUCUAUACUGAGUAUACGCGAGAGCGUGAGCAUGUCGCGAAAUCAGGCUGUGGGUGAGAGCCACAAACGACGUAAAAAAAAAAAGCGUGAGAAGCACCACGCUGCCGAGCGCAGUAGCAGCAAAGGGCGAGGCAACAGCCGUGAGCGUCAGAAAAAUCAGCAGAACAGAGAAAAUGACAGCUAUAACAAUAAUCAAAAAAAUAACAAUAAUAAUAAUAGUAGGCGACACGACCACAGGAGGCAACGUAAUAUUAUCCAGCGUAGUCGAGAAUCGAGUAAAGACAGGAAUUACCGCAGUUAUAGAAAUUUUGACGAUCACAGACCCAGAACGGAUAGAUACUUAGAUGAAGAUUGGAGGACGGGAAGAAAGAUAUCAAUUUGCGACUCGGACGAUGGGAGACAAACUCCGAAAGUUGCCUCUCAUAUUGCUCCGCUUUCAAACGCGAAUUCGAAUUCAACAACUCAUCGAUCAUCUCCGACGGGAUAUAGCAAUACUCAACCAGGCGUUUUAAUCUUGCCUGACGCUAACCAGUCGUCUCCCAAACAGACGACUGCAGGGUCUCAGCAAGGGGCUGGGCAGCAACAACAGCAACAGCAACAACAGCAGCAGCAGCAGCAGCAACAACAAAGAACAUUAUUUGAUCCGAAUAACCCACAUAAACCUAUCGUUAUUAUCUCACCUGGCAGUAGAGCGGCGAUACAGAGGGACAGUGAGAUGCACGUCUCGAGCGUUCCAGUAUUUCAAUCUAAUGUAGGUAUUACACCAUCGCAUCAUUCUUUCCAAGGUGCUCAAUUGGAUGGUAUGCCAGCGCCGUACAUGAACGAUCAAUUUGGAAACAUAAGACCCGCGUGGUACGAACCGUAUUCAGCGAGUUUUCAUUCAGCGAAGAAUCACUGCCUUCUCUUGGACAUAGAGCGCGCCGAUCUGGAACUGCAAUGGAUAUUAAGUUCCGGCGGCUUUACGUCAUGUUGGGACAGAGUUUCAUAUAUACGACACUUCCUACAGCAAAGCUUAAAGAUAUUGCUCGAGACUGAUAUCAAGUUCUGUCAGGCGGAGAACGUCGAGCAACAUUUCUGGAAGAUAUUGUUUUACAAUCUAAUUGAGAUGUUGCGGAAAGCAAUGUCCAAAGAGAGUACGGAGGGACGAGAACAUUACAAGAAGAUAAUGUUGAAUAUCAUCGACGAGGGUACUACUUAUCUGGAGAGUUUGCUAAGCACUCUCGAGACUACGUACGACUUCAAGUUGGACACGUUUCUUGCGUCCUCGAGUUUACCGAAGGGACUGGGACUUCUAGGAUUGGCUUUGGUUAGUGCACAGAAGAUCUUCGUAUUUUUGGGUGAUUUGGCGAGGUACAAAGAACAAGCAAACGAGACGACCAAUUACGGAAAAUCUAGACAGUGGUAUUUGAAAGCGCAACAGAUCAAUCCUAAAAACGGCAGACCCUACAAUCAGCUCGCCUUAUUGGCACAUUAUGCAAGACGGAAACUGGACGCUGUGUAUUAUUACAUGCGGUCUCUCAUGUCAUCAAAUCCUUUCCAUUCUGCCAGGGAAAGUCUAAUAGCGCUCUUUGAUGAGAACAGAAAGAAGUAUCUACAUUAUUACGAGUCUAUCGAACGUAAGCGGAAGGAAGAAAGGGAGUCGAAGGAGCGAGCGAGGAUGAAGGAGAAAGAAGGCGCUAACAUCAUCGGCGGCGGGCUCAGACGAGAGACGUGGAUUCAUCCGGGCGAUGGUAGACGGGUGCGGCGUACGACCAGCGCGGCUACUGCCAACGAAGCAAGGCUCUCCCACAGCGACUUGGAGGAGUUAUCGCAAUUAACGAGUGUCGAGGUGAAUAAGCGAUUCGUUACUUCGUAUCUCCACGUCCACGGCAAGCUCAUCACCAAGAUAGGAAUGGAGACUUUCCAAGAAGCCGGUGUUCAGAUGCUGAAGGAAUUCAGAGCCCUGUUGCAACAUUCGCCGCUACCACUUCCCGGCACACGUUUACUUCAGCUUCUAGCGCUCAACAUGUUCGCGGUCGAGACCACGCAAUUGAAGGAUUCCCAGAUGGAGCAGGGCUACAGAUCGGAGGUGCAAGAACGAGCGCUCGUGGUGUCGCUGCAGAUGUUCAGCCUGAUCUUAGAGCGCGGGGUAUCCUUGCUGAAGGCUCAGCUGGAGAGUGGGAAGGAACCGAGGCUGGUAGUCGGCGAGGAUCUGCAAGUGCUUCUACCGGCUAUUAAGAUUUGGUGCGACUGGAUGCUUUGUCAUAGCACGGUUUGGAACCCGCCGCCGUCUUGCACGGAUUACAGAGUCGGGCCGCCCGGAGACGCGUGGAGCAGACUAGCGACGAUGGUGAACCUCCUGGAGAAAUUAAAUUACACCAGGACAGCCUUGAUUCAAGGCAAGGAAGCCGAGGGUCGCGAGGAAGAAUUGGAACUCGUGAAACUGCCGGAGGACAUCACCUUGGCUGGAUUCACCCCUCUCAUGCUGAAUCCCCAGGAUCCUUGUUACGUGGAAAAAACGGAGGAUAUGGAAGUGGCUCAGGUGUGCCUGAGGAUAAGCAAGAUUCUCUUCUUCGGUCAAGUAUUCUUGUGCGGCUUGGAGACACCAGUGCUGAAACUGCAGAAGAGCGAGAUCGGCGUCAGCGAAUACGUCUCCGUGGUUGAGGCCUCAAGCACGAGUUCGCCGAGUUCGCCGCCGGAACAGGAACAAAUUUCUACGACGGAAUUAAUUUACCCCCAGAGCGACUCAGAGCUCUUAGUGGAGAGUUACAGCGAGGGUGAGGAGGAGUCGAUUUCCAAAUUGAGGAGAUUACCCUCGUGCAGCGUACCCGAUGAAUCGACGGCUCCUGUGGCGGCGAUCGAGAUAAGGUCACUGAUCGAGAGGAAGGAAGAAUUGGAGAGGCGACAACGGAAACAAGAUCGACAUCGACAGCGAGUGCAGGCGAUCUUGCAGAAGUCCUCGGUAUCGGUGGAGAUCGAGGUGAGACCGAGGCAAUUGGUACCAGACACGAACUGCUUCAUCGACUACUUGCCGCAGCUGCAGAUCAUCGCGAGAGCUAUUUCCGGGGCGCAGCCAAUCUACACCCUCAUGGUGCCACUCGUCGUGCUAAAUGAACUCGAAGGUCUGGCCCGAGGCGCCGAUGCGAGAGACUGUCCACCGGCGUCGAGGGCGGCGCUGAAUCCUGAGCAUGUGGUGCGAGUGGCCGAGAGCGCCAAGGCAGCGCUGGCCUUCGCCAGAAGCCGAAAUCCGGCGAUCCGCUGCUUAACCACGAGAGGCACCGUUCUCACAUCCAGCACUUUUACGGUGGAGGAAGAUGUCGACAAGGAUGGACUGACACGAAACGACGACAGGAUAUUGACCACGUGCCUCAGCCUCUGCAGAACGAUCAGCAAAGACCAAGUGAAUACAGCAGAGGAAGGACAGCCGCGGCGUUUGAGACGGGAGGUGGUCCUCCUCACCGAGGACCGGAACCUCAGGGUAAAGGCUUUGGCCAGGGACGUGCCUGUGAGGGAAGUACCCGACUUCAUGCAAUGGGCUGGGCUAGGCUGAGACAUCAGAACGUGAUCGCGACCAACUGUCCCCGCUGACAAGAAUUCUCCCGUGUUUCUGCCGCACGAGCACGACAAGCAAGAACAAGAACAAGAUCAGACGCAAGACAAGAGGAAGAAGCCGAAAGAAAUGCCGAACCGAUCUUCGUCGCGAAUUUAUUUCGCGGACGACCGUCGACUGUGCGCGCACGCGACGCUGUCAUUGCGUAAGCGUGCGUCCCGACUGGGUAUAUCAUGCAUUCAGUCUCCCACCUAAUAUGUCAACACCCUUUUCUUUUUUGAUCUUUUUGUACGCCCUCGACGACAGAAAUUGUGGCGGGCGACGAAUAAAAACAGAAAAGAAGAGGAAACAGAGGUAGAAAGAAAUGAAAGAAACUGCGCGACCGCGCGAAAACUGCGAGCGAUGUAUGGUGUACGAGCGACGAGUAAGAAACACCUCGAAAGAACUUGACGCUCGUCGUUUCAGCCGGAAACGCCGAGCCAUUCGAAGGCUCUUCGAGCAUGACCGUGACACUUCCUACCUUGCAACACCCCUAACUGUUCUAUGUAUCUUGAACGUGUAGACAUAAAAUCUCGACGAGAGCUUUUUCGCGCGGUGACGUGUAACGGAUGAGCCAAGAGAGAAAGAGAGAAAAGGGGGGAAGGGAGAGAGAAGGAGAGACGCAUUGAACGCAAUCAAAGACGACCGGCUUCAAACAGGCGUACAGACGCGGCGAGGUAAAAUUGGAAAGAAAUAGAGGAAAUAAGAGUGGGAGAGAGAGAGAGAGAGAGAGAGAGAGAGAGAGAGAGAGAGAGAGAGAGAGAGAGAGAGAGAGAGAGAGUGUGUGUGUGUGUGUGUGUGUGUUGUGUGAGUGAGUGAGUGAGAGAGAUAGUUAGACGAGGACGCGUGUUGUGACAGAGAAAGAGAGAGUACUACAAGAACGAUAAAAGAAAAGAAAUAAGAAACUACAAAAAACCCUGCUGUCUUGCAGUUGUUGCCGCUAUUUGUAGAUUGUUUUUAUCAGUGACGGCCGUCGCCUAUUGCGGCCGGAUUGUUUUGUACGAUUUCGUUCGGCGAUAUUCACUUUGUUAAGCAAGACACAUCAUUAUCGAUAAAAAAGAAGAAAAAUAAGAUAGGAGAACAUUUUUAUACCGCACCGUACAUCGGUGUCGCGCAACGCAUGCGUCGCCUUCGUUGUUAGCGGUCGCGAGAUGAGUCUUUUUUUAUCAUCGUCGUUGCGAGCCCCGUCGCGCGAAUCCUCACUGACAUUUUCCAACGAGAGCCACGACCCUCCCCUCUGUUUCUUGUGUUAAUGCCAUUAAUGUCAUUACCUGUAAGCUACCAUAAAGUGAAUUAUCGGCGACGGUUCAUUUUCAAUGAAUGAGCGGCAGUAACCGCUCGAAACGUUGCAUCGCCGUAAAACGGCACCGCGAAUUCACCGUGAUUACCGAUUAAGCUCACGCGAUCGAGCUGAAUUAAAUAUUUCAGGGACGAUCGGGGGGGGGGGGGAGAGCGACUCGUCAUCGUCGCCGAAAACCGAUGACGGCUCAUGCGUGAAAUACGCGUCGCGCAACGAUCGGACAUUUGCACUCCCACAAGAUGUUGUCGGAGAAAUGUCGAUCCGAGCAGACACGAUAAGGGAAAGUUUCGGCCGAAACUUUCCUCGACCGUGCGAGCGUAUUUUCGCGCACUGGAUCGAACGAAAGUGCUGUUCGGGCGAAGGUGCUGUUGCCGAUUGUCUCCCGUGAACGUACCUACUGCACGUACGCGCGCGUACACAAUAGCCAACGAGGUGUGCGGCGGCACCUCUUCUCAUUGCUCGCAGGUACUCGCUUGUGUAGCUUGUACAUUAACACUUGUGGUACGCCGGCUUAAGACUUAGGAGUUUAGCGUAAGAAUAUACGAGACACGCGGAUCGAUUCUGCAGAGAGAAUUAUCGGCCGCGCGAUUGUAACCGUGGUGUUCUUUAGAAUAUCGGAGAUUAACUCUUUUUAUCGAUGGAAAAACUGGAUUAUCGGAGCGGCGUUCGCGACCGCGAUCGCAAACGCUUGGACAGCGUACGACGCGACGAGGACACCGACGAUGGGCCGACUGGCGUCAAAUUAGCGCAGUAUGUCUCUGCCUGCUUGCCGGCGAGAUCGCGGUCGCGAUCGAGCGCGAGAUUGGGAUUCGCAGAGUGGAACACGCAAUCGAUGUCGCUCGCGCGGGUUGAAAUCGAGCGGACGCCCCGGGAUCGCUUUCCUUAGGACGCGACGAGCCGACGUGUUUCCUUCGUGUUUUUUUAGUACUUCUCGCUUUUGUCAGACGUAUACGAAAUCUUGCGGGAGAUGCUUGGAAGCGCACAGUGACCGAGACACUCGCGGCCGGCAAAGAACUGGGGAACCGACCGAUUGAGUAGUGAACACGAUGUCCUAUUUUUCGACAAAGUUAAGGUAGUUACUUAAUGUUCCGUAGCGACUAUCGAGUAUGUAUGCAUGCGAGAGACAGAAAACACGAGAGAACGAGAGAGAGAGAGAGAGAGAGAGAGAGAGAGAGAGAGAGAAUGGCAAGUAGAUUAAAUGGAGAAGGAAAGACAGGUCAACGGAGAGCAACAAAAUGUUCGACACUCUGGAGAUCACGUCUACGAGGAACCUCGAUGUGAUCCGAAGUAUCGUCUAAAUUCUCGCGUAUUACAUCGAGCCGGUGAGCAGAAGAAGAGCCCACCCGCGCAGUCCGGGCGAUAUCGUUUCGUUACACCGCGCCGUUCCACUCGAGAAACCGCACGUUGUUCCGCACGCAGAAGAAAGUCAGUCUCCUCGGUGUGUCGGGCGAGGGUGACCGUUCGUCGCCGCUUUAGCGGCACAAGAAGCAUAUGAAAAUCUCCUCUUCCGAGACCUGUCCCGUGGGAAAGUGUUCUCGGACGAAGUAAAAAAAAGGGGUGGAGAAAAGAAAACCCCGCCGUGCGUCUGCGCACGGGCUCUUCUGUCGCUUGUGGAUUUCAAUAAUUUCCCCGCGAAAAAUCGCAAACGAUCGCUCGAACUCGCGAGUAGGAAACACGGCAAGUCAGGUUCCGCGAAGCACGUCCAGGUCUUAUUUAAGCGUAAGUACUUCUCAAUGUCGCCAGGAGACGCGGUGAACACGGUUUGCCAACGAUACCUCGCCAGGAUUCAGGAUCGGCGUGUUGAGAGAGAGAGAGAGAGAGAGAGAGAGAGAGAGAGAGAGAGAGAGAGAGAGAGAGAGAGGCGGGUAGGGGGCACGGAGAAGGAGAGAUAGAGAAAGGGAGAGAUGAACUUCGCGCUUGUGAACAAGAAGUUCUUGUGUGCCUCUCGUCCUUCGUCGUGUCCGUUUACUUUGGCGUCGUUUUCUUUUUCCCCGUACCACCUCCUUUCCCGACGCCGUUUUUAGCUCAAUUUUUUAUCCGAACCUCCAACGCGAGAGUGCGUGUCGAUAAAGUUGACAAAGUUCACACGAAGCACCGACGAUGUACACACUGUCAUUGUUUUUUUUUUCAUUAAUUUCUAAGUAUAUCAUUAGUAGACUUUUUAAUGCGUGUAUUCGGUCGCCGUAAGCGACCAGAUAAUUCAUACGAAGACAAGCAAAAUGUUCCGAGGCGGUAGGAACGCGACAAGUCGCCGGGCGAAAUCGAUUGCGCGAGUGCAACAUGCAAUCGCCGAUGCGCAGUAGGAAUUAUCGAUAAACUGUUCGCUUUCUCCUUUUCCAAACCGACGUUGAUGGUCCGCGCGAGAUAUGUUUUUAACGAUCGCGGAAAGAAACGCGAAAAAAUCAUUUCUACGCAUGAUCGAUUGAACGCGUCAAACGUUUCAUUCCGUUUCAUGAGAAAUGAUGAAUCCACUACUUACAUCUCGAUGUGUCCAAUAUCAGUGUGUUCCUAUAGAAUAUCCUACAUCAUAAAAUCGUAAAGUUAAAUUACCAUUUCUUCAUCACCGUUAUCAUUGUCGUCAUCAUCAAAAUGCAAUGCGAGAGUGAGUGAGAUAUUCGCAACGACACGCGCGAGAUUCAGACGAAAAUCUUCACGUCUUCGAAGACACGUCUCGGGCGCACAGUCGACCGUCGGUUUCCCAUCUUUUUCCUCCUCUUUCGAAGAGGAGUUUAUCGAUAAUCCCCACUAACUAGUUAUACGAUAAUAACAAUCAGGGUAUAUAGUUUGCAAUUAUAUUUCGAGCAUAUCACACAGCGUUUAUCUAUAUCAUCGAGCCCCUUUCUUCUGCAAUAGCCGUAUCAGUGCAAUAGACUCGCGCUACCUGUACGGAUAAUAUCGCCAUCGCGAUAAGACUAUCCGUCCCUCCCUCGAGCUCACGAUUCAUUUUCGCUGUUUCAAUGUAACAUAUAACUCCACUCGACUCACUCCGGUCUUUCACUAUGAAAUUGCAUACGUCGAUCGUGUCGCGGCCGGUGGUGUCGGCCGAUCGGCUUGCGCGAUCGAGUUCACGUUAGCCCGUGCUUGAGAGAGAAGAGAAGAGGGAAAAAAGAGCGAGGAUGAGAGAGGAAGACAGAGAUUGGAACGCCUGAUUAUAAUAGGUAGACAAUUGUCACGUAAGAUAGACAUCGUGAUUUUUAGGGUACGAUGUGUCCUGAAAGCGGGACCCCGCGACGCGGGACGCGAUUCUCGGUGUCCUGCUUCCGAGAUAACUCUCACACCGUAAGUGUACCUCUAUACCUAUAAAUGUAUAUAGGUAUAUAUAAUUAUAUAUAAUUAUAUGUACGUAUUAUAUAUAAUUAUACAUAUAUAAAUACAAUCCGUCACUCACCACUCACACACUCACAUCCACGCAUACGCUCACACACUAAUACACAUAUAAACACAUAUACAUUCACACUCACACACAGCCCCGAUUUUAUGCUAGAUCCCCGCAAUAUCUAUUAAAUCAAUGUGCGUGUAUUAUCAUGUGACGAAGCAAGAACAAACCGUUUGUAUUUCGUCUCAGGAAAAGUUAUUUGCCGAUACGAUACUAUACGAUACGACGAUCAUGAUACCGAGGAUGAUAAUGAUGACGAUUAUGAUGAUGAUAAUGAUGUUGCUACGGCGGAGGUUUUUAGGCUAAUCGUUUAUUACACUUAUGAGAAAUGUCGCUACUAUAGUGUUACCACUUUGAAUAUUCAAUAAAAAGUGACGUUGAA